CUCAAAUUAAAACGAAUUCAGUUCGAAAUGAAUUUUGUAUUCGCACAACACCAUACUUAUUGCGUGACCUCGUGAUAAAUCUCGUCAAUAGCUCCGCCCCAAAUAGGAAGUCGUGCACAACCAUUGUUCAACCAUUUGUUUUGCUAGGGAAAAGGUAAACGUGGAGGAUACGAGUCGAUUUAGAUCAAGUCUAAACAUUCUCGUUUUCUCAAAAAAGUUAAAGAUUUACUAGCAAAUGACAAUGGAGAAUGCUGCCCACCUCCAAAGUCAGCUAACCUCUCUCAUGAACGCGGUAAUGAGGGCAGCGGUCGUGGAAAUAGUCAGACUUGUAGAGGGCAGCGCCGUGGCCCUUCGCGACGAGUUGUCCAAGAGUAAACGGGAGAACGAAGCACUGAAAGCCGAGAACGAGUCGAAUAAAAAUAAGAUGCAAAAUUUGGAAGCAAAACUAGCUGCGGAGCAGCGUUCUCUUGGUUGUCAUGUAGCCGAAGCUGGUGGCGAUCAAUUUGUCCAAACAAAGGAAGAUGUUAAGGCUUGUGCAGAGAAGACCCGUGCAAGGCUGCAAUCUUUGGAGCCAGCAGGCCAAUCCCAGGCUACAGCUUUCAAUAAAGGGGAAGGCCUAAAAGUUGUUGCCAUGGAGAAGGAUGGAAUGCAAGUACUUCGCAUCAAGAAGGAAAUAAAUGAAGGCACAGAACAUGACACACCAUGUCCAAUGACCGGUGAGCAGCCGUGUCCCAAAGUGGACAUGGUGUAUGGCAAGGAGUGGAGCCAAAGCCUGUGGCGAGACGGAAAAGAAAUAGGAGACCGCAGCGACGGAAUAGAGGAGAAAGAAACUCCAGGACCAUCAAUGACCCAGCAUCAGAUUGCAACUGGUAGCAACAAGAAGAAGCGCUGCGAUGUGUGUGGACCCAAGAAGGACAGGAAGACACAGUACACAUGCGUCAAGUGCAAGAAAUACAUUUGCAGCACACACACAGUAAAACUCUGUCCCUCAUGUGGUGUGUAGACCGGCCUUAAUUUGUGUACAAUGCGGCUCAUUUAUCAUUUCCAUAAAAUACUGUAUGUAAAAUUUGUCCUUCCAAUUUGUUCAGUUCAAAGCAUUAAACAUCGACAGUGAUGAAAACCUUGUUUUGUUUAUUUGUACAAUAUAACCAUGAUUUAUUCCACCCAUGUCUUGAUUAUAAUAGAUUUUUCUAAUAGAUUUUUAAACGAAUAGCGCUUUUAUUGAUAAUUGUGAUCUAGCAGAGGUAAAUGGCAAACACUAACCAUGUAUGCUGUCUAUAUUGCUUGUAAUUAAUAUAAGUUGACAUUUUAAGUAUUUUUAUGUAAAUUAAGGCUGUAUUGUUUUAACCCAUUAAUGUUGUGGAUCCAUCAGACCCAAGAACAUUGGGUGAAUAACAAAAAAACAUGAACCACCACACAACGGUUAAUAUGCUACUUGACUUUUUCCACAUUUUCCACUUUUUCCACAUGUUGUUGUUACAGCCUGAAUUUAAACCAUUUCCUGGUUGCUAAAAUUCUAAUAGUUUGCCUUAUUUCAGUUUGUGACAAAACAAGCAAUACAGUGUAUUCAGAAAGUAUUCAGACCUCUUGACUUUUUCCACAUUUUUGUUACGUUACAGCCUUAUUCUAAAAUGUAUUAAAUCAUUUUUUCCUCAUCAAGCAAUACCCCAUAAUGACAAAGAAAAAAGGUUUUUACAUAACUAUUCCGACCCAUUACUCAGUACUUUGUUGAAGCACCUUUGGCAGCGAUUACAGCCAGGAGUCUUCUUGGGUAUGACACUACAAGCUUGGCACACCUGUAUUUGGGGAGUUUCUCCCAUUCUUCUAUGCAGAUCCUCUCAAGAUCUGUCAGGUUGGAUGGGGAGCGUCACUGCACCGCUAUUUUCAAGUCUCUCCAGAGAUGUUCGAUUGGAUUCAAGUCCAGGCUCUGGAUGGGCCACUCAAGGACAUUGAGACUUGUCCCAAAGUCACUCCUGCAUUGUCUUGGCUGUAUGCUUAGGGUUGUUGUCCUGUUGGAAGGUGAACUUUCUCCCCAGUCUACGGUUCUGAGCACUAUGAAGCAGAUUUUCAUCAAGAAUCUCUCAGUACUCUGCUCCGUUCACCUUUCCCUCGAUCCUGACUUGUCUUCCAGUCCCUGCUGCUGAAAAACAUCCCCACAGCAUGAUGCUGCCACCAUCAUCCUUCGUUGUAGGGAUGUUGCCAGGCUUCCUCCAGACGUGAUGCUUAGCAUUCAGGCCAAAGAGUUCAAUCUUCAUUUCAUCAGACCAGAGAAUCUUGUUUCUCAUGGUCUGAGAGUCCUAUAGGUGCCUUUUGGCAAACUCCAAGUGGGCUGUCGUGCCUUUUACUGAGUGGUGUGCUGCAGAGAUGGUUGUCCUUCUGGAAGGUUCUCCCAUUUCUGAAGAGGAACUCUGGAGCUCUGUCAGAGUGGCCAUCGGGUUCUUGGUCACCUCCCUUCUCCCCUGAUUGCUCAGUUUGGCUGGGCAGCCAGCUCCAGGAAGUGUCUUGGUGGUUCCAAACUUCUUCCAUUUAAGAAUGAUGGAGGACACUGUUCUUGGGGACAUUUAAUGCUGCAGAACAUUUUUGGUACCUUUCCCCAGAUCUGUGCCUCGACACAAUCCUGUCUCGGAUCUCUACGGAUAAUUUCUUAGACCUCAUGGCUUGGUUUUUGCUCUGACAUGCGCCGUCAACUGUGGGACCUUUUGUAGACAGGGGUGUGCCUUUCUGAAUCAGGUCCAAUGAAUUGAAUUUACCACCGGUGGACUCCAAGUUGUAGAAACAUCUCAAGGAUGAUCAAUGGAAACCGGAUGCACCGGAGCUCAAUUUCGAGUCUCAUAGCAAAGGUCUGAAUACUUAUGUAAGUAAGGUAUCUGUUUUUUAUUUGUAAUAAAUGUGCAAAAAUGUCUAAACCUGUUUUCGCUUUGUCAUUAUGGGGUAUUGUGUGUAGAUGGAUGAGGGGAAAAAAUUAAUUCAUUCCAUUUUAGAAUAAGGCUGUCACGUAACUAAAUGUGGGGAAAAAAAGUUGAGGGUUCUGAAUACUUUCCAAAUGCACUGUAUAUAGUGUACAGAAUCAUUGUACCAUCUAAACCGCUGUGAUAUUUUCAAUAACCAAAAAUAUUGUAUUUUCAGCUGUUUGAAGCUGGUGUACAAAACUGAAAAGUAAACGACUCAAAAAGGAGAUGGGAAGCAUAGAAAUAGAACACACAACCCAUAUCGACAGCUUCUUAGACUUGCUUUCAAUGAGAGACAGAUCUUUAACUCACAUUUCUAUUUCAAUUUGAUUGAGUCGCCUAAAAUGUUAUAUUGCAGCUUUAAAUAGAGCUUGUUGGUCACUGGCCAACACAAAAGCCUAUAAUGUCAAAGUGGAAUUGUGUUUUUAGAAUAUUUUUGAAAAUUAUUUAAAAAAUCCUUGUCAUUCAACCCAUUUUGUUAUGGCAAUCCUAAAAUAAAAUCAGUAGUUAACGUUUGCUUAAAUCACAUAAGCUGCAUGGAUUCCGUGUGCAAUAGUAGUGUUUAACCUGAUUUUUGAAUUACUAGCCUCAUCUCUUUACCCCACACACAAUUAUCUGUAAGGUCCCUCAGUUGAGCAGUGAAUUUCAGACACGGAUUCUAGCACAAAGACAAGGUAGGGUUUCCAAUGCCUCGAAAGACGGGCACCUAUUAGUAGAUGGGAUAAAAUAAUAAAGCAGACAUUGAAUAUCCCUUUGAGCCUGGUGAAGUUAUUAAUUACACUUUGGAUGGUAUGUCAAUACACCUCGUCACUACAAAGAUACAGGCAUCUUUCCUAACUCAGUUACUGAACCGGAAGGAAACCACUCAGGAAUUUCACCAUGAGGCCAAUGGUGACUUGAAAACUGUUUUAAUGGCUGUAAUAGGAUAAAAUAGAAUGGAUAAACAACAUUGUAAUUACUCCACAAUACUAACCUAAUUGACAGUGAAAAGGAAGCCUAUACAGAGUAAAAAAUAUUCCAAAACAUGCAUCCUGUUUGCAACAAGGCACUAAAGUAAUACUGGAAAAAAGGUGGCAAAGCAAUUAACUUUUUGUCCCGAGUGCAAAGUGUUAUGUUGGGGGCAAAUCCAAUACAACACAUUUCUAAGUACCACUCCACAUAUUAAAAAGCAUAGUGGUAGCUGCAUAAUGUUAUAGGUAUGCUUAUAAUCCGUUAAGGACUGGGGAGUUUUUCAGGAUAAAAAAUAAUCAAAAUGGAGCAAAAAAUCUUAUAGGAAAACCUUGUUUUUUUCUGCUUUCUACCAGCAUUAGGAGAUUAAUUCACCUUUUAGCAGGACAAUAACAUAAAACAAAUGGCCAAAUCUCUACACUGGAGUUGCUUACUAAGAAGACUGAAUAUUUCUGAGUGGCCGAGUUACAGUUUUGCCUGAAAUCUACUUGAACAUCUAUGGCAUGACCUGGAAAUGGUUGUCUAGCAAUGAUCAACAACCAAAUUGCCUGCUUGAAGAAUUUGUAUUUUUUGUGUGUACAUUUUACAAAUUUUUCACCACAAUUACAUGAUGUCCAAUUAAUAGUUAAAGUCUUGUCCCAUUGCUGCAACUCCCGUACGGAUUCGGGAGAGGCGAAGGUCGAGAGCCAUGAGCCCUCCAAAACACGACCCUGUCAAGCCGCAUUGCUUCUUGACACUCUGCUCGCUUAACCCGGAAGCCAGCCACGCCAAUGUGUCGGAGAAAACACUGUACAGCUGGCGACCGAAGUCAGUCUGCAGGCGCCCAGGCCACCACAGGGAGUCACUAGAGCGCGAUGGGACAAGGACAUCCCAGCCGGCCAAACCCUCCCCUAACCCGGACGACGCUGGGCCAAUUGUGCGCCGCCUCAUGGGUCUCCCGGUCGCGGCCGGCUGUGACAGCCCGUGAUCGAACCCAGAUCUGUAGUGACACCUCUAGCACUGCGAUGCAGUGCCUUAGACUGCUGCGUUACUUGGGAAAGCUUGAAUCAUUUUUUAAAAAGAAUAAUGGGCAAAUGUUGCACAAUCCAGGUGUGGAAAACUCUUAGAGACCUUCCCAGAAAGACUCACAGCUGUAAAUGCUGCCAAAGGUGCUUCCAUAAAGUAUUGACUCAGGUGUGUGGAUACUUAUGUAAAUUUGAUAUUUCUGUAUUUAAUUUUCAAUAAAUUUGUGACAAUUUCUAAAAACAUGCUUUCACUGCGUAAUGGGAUAUUGUGUGUAGAGGGGUGAGAAGAAAAUAUAUUUAAUCCAUUUUGAAAUGAGGCUGUGACACAACAAAAAUGUGGAAUAAGUCUAUGGGUAUGAAUACAUUCCGACGGCACUGUAUAUUAUUUUGACAACUGAUCAUUUUAAUAAUUAAUUAAAUAAUCAUUAUUUGGAC